UUUGGUAGGAGGAACAGAAACGAAGUUGCAUGAAAAAGACAGUGGAGUGGGACUGAGAAGUGACAACUGCCCACGACUGACCUCCCUCUUUCAAGGCCUGUGUCGCCAGGACGCUGCCCAGAAGAAGCCACGACGAGGCGCAGGCGCGACUCCACGAGGGCCACGCCCCUCCUAGAGAAGGACCGACCGGUUUUCCGCCCGCAUCGGAGCUUGGGUUUCCGGAAGGACCUGAUUCUGGAAGGGACCAAACCGGAUAGAGGUCGCGCGCCCUCUUUCGUCUACCUUCCGGUUCACUAAUACGCAAUUUCGCAGAAGGGCUGGAACGUGUCGUCCCUCUGCGCAGGCGUAGUCACCGCUUGACCCGCGGCGCUAUGCCGGGGCGGCACGUUUCUCGAGUCCGGGCAUUGUACAAGCGCGUCUUGCAGCUGCACCGUGUUCUGCCUCCGGACCUCAAAGCCCUGGGCGACCAGUACGUGAAAGACGAAUUUAGGAGACAUAAGAGCGUUGGUUCUGACGAGGCCCAGCGUUUCUUGCAGGAAUGGGAGGUGUAUGCAACAGUGUUAUCGCAACAAGCUAACGAAAACAGAAAAAAUUCAACCGGAAAAGCAUGUUUUGGCACCUUCCUCCCAGAAGAAAAACUUAAUGACUUUCGUGAUGAACAGAUUGGACAGUUGCAGGAGCUGAUGCAAGAAGCCACAAAACCCAAUAGGCAAUUUAGUAUUUCUGAGUCUACAAAACCAAAAUUUUAGUUCAUACGACAAAACUUAACAAGAUAUGCAAAAAUUGAGAACCCUUACUUUAACUGUCAUUGGUUUUUGAAAUGUAUUAUUUAAGCUUUGAAAAUGCCUGUUAUUAAUGAAAUAUUCUCUGAUUUUGGAUAUUAUGAAUGCAACAAUAGAUGAAUCAAGAUCACCAGUGACAAUUGAAAAAAGUAUUGGAAUAAUAGCACUUGCUGUAUGAAAUUCGAUUUUGGAACUAAACGGGAAAUAAUGGAUCUAAAAUGGACAAAUUUCUAGAAUUUUGCUGAAAACAUUUUAAAAUGCUAUUCUCAUCCAACCGUAUUAGCCUUCUGUCUUUUCUUUAGCUUCAUCAAGUAAGUAUGUUGUGAUAAUGAUAGAUACAGAAUUCCAACAAGGUUAUUUUUUUAAAUACAUUGUCAUUUUGAACAUUUCUCAUCACUUCUACUUUAAUAAUACAUACAUGAUUUUUCUUCUGAAUGUCUCUUCUCCCUGCAUCACUGUUCAUUCACAGUGAAAGGUUAGGGAGAAGCUUUAAAAUUCACUGUUUUACUAUCAUUUGUAUAAUAGACUAUACAAAGU